AUGGCCCGCCAAAUAAUUGUGAUCGCAUUGAUCUCACUAGCCGCCUUCGCCGCCGCCGUCUCGGCCCAAUCGCCGGCUGCCGCGCCGUCUGAAUCCACCGCAGCCCCCAUCGCCGCGCCAAAAUCUGCACCGGUGCCAUCCGCAGCCGCCCCGAAGGCCGCGCCAGCUUCCAACGCCACCGGAGUGGGAAUCGCCGACGACGAGACCGAUCCCCCGAUCCCCUCCGAGGAGCCGACCGAGUCUCCGGCCGACUCUCCUGAUGCCUCCGAUGGUGGAUCAUCCACCGACGCGAGUGAUCAGGCGCUGCCGGCGGCUGCUGGCGCCGCCUCGUUGGAGAUCUCUGCCGCCGUCGGCGCCGCCUCGGCCGCCGGAUACUUUCUUAUGUAA